CAAAUAAACAUCACCGAAUUGUAAAUAAACAACAACAAGCAGUGUGCAGACAGGCGAGGAUAUUUAAAAUUUAAUAAUAAAAUCUAUGUUAUUUCCUGUUACAAGUGCCAUUAUUUUCGAGAAAUGACUAUACAUUACAGAAAAUUAGUUUCAAAUAAGUUUGCACAGAUUGUUGGUCGCAAGCUGAACGUCACGCGGUUAUCAUACCACGUCCCAAAAGGAGCAUUGGAUCCGGUGGUGCAUCUACCGUUAAAUAACAUUAUUGCUGAUGAGAAAGAGCUUCUCGAUUCCAUCUCUGCUGAAGCAAGCGCCGACAAGUAUCGCAUUAAGGAUGUUCAUUUGCAUGGCGAAGGAAAGCGGAGACAGAUGGUUUUGCAUUUGUGCCGGAACCACUUCAUUCAAACAGUUUUGGACGACAUUUCAACGAAGAAACGAGUGCUGGCUGAUACUCCCAAGACGUUGAUUGAGUUCAGUUCGCCGAACAUUGCCAAACCGUUCCAUGCGGGUCACCUACGGUCGGCCAUCAUUGGGAACUUCUUGGCUAACAUCUACGACCACUUGGGGCACGAUGUGGUCAAACUGAACUAUCUCGGUGAUUGGGGGACGCAAUUCGGAUUCCUCAAGAUGGGUGUUGAUUUGAAGCGGUUAUCUCGAGAGGAUAUACGUAAAAAUCCCAUCCAAGUGUUAUACGAAGCUUAUGUGCACGCGUACAAGCAAGCUGCAAAUGAUGAAGUGCUGCAGACAAAAGCAAGGAGCAUAUUCUCUGACAUGGAACAAGGCAAACUACAGGAUCUGGAUGAUUGGGCUGACUAUCGUUCCUACACGGUAGAUGAGCUCCAAAGGGUGUAUGAUCGAUUAGGCAUAACGUUCGAUCAGUACCACUGGGAGUCGCAGUAUGGUAUCAAUGACAUCGCUCAUGUGGUAUCGCUUUUGCAAGAGAAAAGCUUACUGAUACAGCAGGACGAUGGCAGAAGGAUUGUUGAGGUUGGCGCUCGUAAAAUUCCGAUAGUAAAAAGCGAUGGAUCCACGCUGUAUCUGACGCGUGACAUUGCGGCACUGAUUGAUCGACAUCGGCGCUUCACAUUCGAUAAGGCCAUAUACGUGGUGGAUAACGCCCAGAGUGAUCACUUCGUCGCACUCCAAUCGAUAGCGCAACAGUUGUCCCUGCCCUACGCUUCCGACAUAGUUCAUGUUAAGUUCGGACGAGUACACGGCAUGAGCACCAGAAAAGGCAAUGCGAUAUUUCUCACGGAUAUCCUGGAUGAAGCUGAAACACUUAUGAGGCAUAAGCAGAUCAGCAAGCAAACGACUAAAGUUGACGUGACCAACAAUCCAAACGUCACUGCCAUCCUCGGUACGACGGCGGUGGUUGUAAACGAUUUAAAACAACGCCGGAUGCGAGACUAUGACUUCAGCUGGGACAAGGCACUGCAGACCGACGGCGACUGUGGCAUCAAGCUGCAGUAUACCCAUUGUCGACUGUGGAGUUUGGUGCAAAAUGCCGGUGAAUGCUCGGAUGGCGAAACGUGCCGUCCCGAAUCGCUACCGGAACCGGAAGCUCUGCAUCUGAUUUGCGAAAUUGCAAACUAUGACGGCGUACUAGCGGAGGCAGCCGAUAAGCAAGAGGCGUGCAUUCUCGUAAACUAUCUGUUUGGUUUGUGUAAUGCCACCAACCGAUGCAUACAAACGAUGAACGUGAAAAAUGAACCAUCAAAAGCGAAAAAAAUCCAAAGACUAAAACUAUUCAACACGGCUCGCAGAAUACUUCAACAUGGAAUGCAAAUUCUUGGCCUGAAACCAUUACAAGAAAUGUGAUCAUUUGCAAUAAAAUAAGCUAGUAUAGUGCGAUCUACUUUAUAUUGAAACAAAUGUGUUCAAUAACUUUUAUCGUAAUUAAAAAAAUGUUAACGCUUC